UGAGAGAAGAGCGAUCGUAACCAGUCUUGUGAUGAACUUGAAUGAAACCGCGCGGUACAAAACAAGAUAAGUAUAAGUUUAUCUGUAUUUUGGAUCGUAAACCUGUCAAUAGUCCAAAGACGAACCCCUCAACACCAAGAAUCCUCUCCACUUCCCCAUCCUCCCUCCUCGGGGUAUCAGAACCCCGCAGAGCAUCGUGAAUAAAGUGUGGUCAAGUAUUAAAGGUCAACUACUUGCAUAAUAGCUUUGAAUACCUACCUAGGUACCUAUCCAGUACUUGGCUCGAGUUUAACACGGGGAAGAUCUAAUAUUAAAAGAUAACUAUAUAGAGAACCAAAAUGUCGCCGCCUUUAAUAACACACCUUUACACCGCGGAUCCUUCUGCUCACGUCUUUGACGGAAAGCUAUACAUCUACCCGUCGCAUGACCGCGAGACUGAUAUCCAAUUCAACGACAAUGGCGAUCAGUAUGACAUGGCCGACUACCACGUCUUCUCGCUUGACUCUCUCGACGCAUACGCAGCAUCCCCCUCUUCCGCCUCCGCAGAGCCACCUAAAGUAACGGACCAUGGUGUCGUGCUACGUACGGAAGACGUCCCAUGGGUUAGUAAACAAUUAUGGGCGCCUGAUGCAGCCCGUCGCAAGGGCAAAUACUACUUGUACUUCCCAGCGCGUGAUAAGAAUUCGGUGUUCCGUAUUGGCGUCGCCAGCGGCAAUACCCCUAUUGGGCCUUUUGUCCCGGAACCAGGACCUAUCCCGGGCAGCUUCAGUAUUGACCCUGCGUCUUUCGUGGAUGACGAUGCGGACGAGUCUGUAUAUUUGUACUUCGGUGGCCUAUGGGGUGGACAGCUACAAUGCUAUCAGAAGGGCAACGGACCCGAGCACUUCGACGCAGAAUGGCUCGGACCAAAAGAACCCUCGGGACCAGGGGCUAAGGCGCUCUUCCCCAAGGUAGCUAAACUGGCAGACGACAUGCGAUCGUUCGAGGGACCUGUGCAGGAUCUUGUCAUUCUGGCACCGGAAACCGGUGAGCCGAUUGACGCAGACGACCACGACCGACGAUUUUUCGAGGCUGCGUGGAUGCAUAAACGCGGAAACGUAUACUACUUUAGUUAUUCGACAGGAGACACGCACUACCUGGCGUACGCGACGGGAUCAAGCCCGCUCGGACCAUUCACAUACGCGGGGCGCCUGCUUGAGCCAGUGCUAGGCUGGACGACGCACCAUUCGGUGGUCGAGUUUCAGGGCCGCUGGUGGCUGUUCCACCAUGACUGCGAGCUUAGCAAGGGCGUGAACCACUUGAGGUCUGUGAAGGUGAAGGAGAUUUUCUAUGAUAAGGAUGGGAAGAUAGUAGGGGGAAAGCCUGCGGAGUGAGUGAGCUCUAGAAGGUUGGCCUUUUACCUUAUAACGAAGCUGGGAAGCUGGGAAACUACCUAAGGUAUAUAGUAAUAAUUAGCUAUGUAAUGAUUGAUCUACCUGUUUUAUUACUAUGGUGGCUGUCAAUCU